AUGCCGGCAUCGCGGCCCGUUCCGCAGCGCUAUAUACAACGUGUGGAUGCCGACCCGUCAAUUCCUCCCAACAACACCAUCUACAUCAAGAAUUUGAACGACCGUGUGAAGAUAAAGCUUAUGCGAACUCAACUCCGUGAAGUGUUCGCUCGAUUUGGGAAUAUCCUCGAUGUCGUAGCACUGACGUCCUUCUGGCGCAAGGGGCAGGCGUUCAUAGUGUUCGAGACCGUUGAAGCGGCGCAGAAUGCGUUGAAGGACAUGCAAGGUUUCAUGUUUCACGGUCACGCUAUGCAUAUAAAUUUUGCCAGGGAAAAAAGUGACAUCAUUAGCAAGGCAGAUGGUACCUUCAAGCCCCGGCCUUCAGGUCCCAAGAAACCAAGGGCGAUCAAGGAACGCGAGGAACAACAAAGGAAGAUAUUCGAGAAGCUACAGAGUGACUAUUUGGCCGGUACUCUGGAGGGGAUGACGCAGCCAGGAGACCCCAAGCUCAUUCAAGCCCUUCUUUCUGCUCAGGCCAGGAUGAACGACCUAAAACGAUCGCAGCCUGCUGGUGUAGAGCUUCUAGGCAAACCAGUUUCCCACAUGGUAACCGCCGUGGGCCCCAAGGGAAUGCCAAAUCGCACUCUCUUUGUGGAGGGAUUGCCGGAAGGCGUUGGUGUUUCCGAAGUCAACGCCGUUUUUGGCGGCUCACUUGGCUUUAUGGAGGCCAGGGUCAUUGCCGCCAGGCGGGUGGCUUUUGUCGAUUUCGACAACGAAUUCAACGCCGGUUACUGCAUGCAGGCAUUACAGGGUCAUGUAAUGGGCAAUUCUACCAUAAGCAUCAGUUACGCAAAACGUUGA